AUGGACGCGCAGCCCGAGUCUCAGCAGGUCGACCCGAUGGAGCUUGAUACUCCCGACCGCAUCAUCAAGACCGAGGAAUUCGAUGAGCCUGUCAUUUUCGAUAACCUCCCCAUCAUUCCUAUCGACAAACCACAAGAGAAGGUUUUCUUCUUCAAGAGGAUGGAAGGAAGCAACGCCAGAUUCGACGCGAUGAUACAAGUAGGCGAUGGAGAAUUGCGCCCAGAUGCGGUGGAAGCCGGCACGGAAAACGCAGUGUGGGAAGUCACCGACGGUCUUUACCUGUAUCGUCAAGCGGGACUAUCCUUCAAAGUCCUGCAGUCCGUGGGUGUUGCCGAGUACACAUCCCCAGAGAGAUCGUUUCAUCGAGUCAAGCACCUGUUCAGUCUCAAGACUUGUGCCUUCCUGGCCAAUCGCGACAUACAUGGGGACCUUCAGGUGUUGAAGCUGGCGCUAUCCGGGAACAUGUUCGACCUAGCCCGGCCCGAGGAUGAAAACUUUGUUCUUCAUCACCCGAGGUGGACUAAGCGCGUUAAACAAAUUGCGGAGCUUCUGGGCCUCAAGAUGGGCUCCCCAUACGACGGCGCCAGCAAGAGGCCUACCGAGGACGAUGUCGGCAAUUGGGCUGCGGGUCAUACUGAGAAGAAGCUCUCGGCAUAUGCAAUUCACGCGAUGCUCCAGCUCUAUGUCUUCGGCGAUCGCAAAAUUAAGCGCAUCACCAUGACAGACCUCAAGGACCUCAAAACCUGGCUUCGCAAGAACGGUUUGGCACCUCGCUUCGAUAUUCACCUUACCCGUGAACCGUGUGGAGUGCCUCAUAAGCCCGGAAAAUGCGUCCCGUUCGUCCAGCGACUAGCAUAUCUCACGGGCAUCGAUUUCACGAUCCAUCACUGGGAAGACAACGUCAUCCUAGAUGGGACGGUACCUGCACGACAAAAGAAGAAGGAGAUGUUUAAGAAGAGUCGUGCAGACGGCGGAGGCGAAGACACAGACGCAGAGGACUACGAUUCCAAAGGUGAAGAUCUGGACCUGACGCUCGCCGAACAGUACCCCGACGACUGGGAGGCCAUAGUCCGCAACGGAUUCGAGCAGGUCGAUCCCGACGAGCACAUCUACCCGGCGCGCGAGGUGGCUGACACGUUCCCCGACGAGGCCAACUCCAACCCCCUCCCCCCUCUUCGCAUCUCAGAUGAUACUAUCCGCACGUUCGAAGAUCGCGUCCUCCAGUUCAAGCGCCCCCGCGAAGAGGUCUUGAAGUCUUUGCCGGCCACCCCCGUCACGGAGGAAGAGAUGCUCCUUAUGAGAGACCCGUACGCGGCCUCAACUCAGGACUCGGCAAGCUUUUUUUUUGAGGGCACGGGCCCCGCCUCUGAGCCCGAAGAACAUGAGCAACGCCGCUCCAAGAAGAAUCGUCAGAGGAAGGAGAAGCGUAGGCAAAAGAAACGCGCAAAGAGUGCUGCUGCCGCAGCUUCCAGACCAAACGGCAUGUCCGCACAAGGUACUUGA